UUUCGGAAUUAUCCUCUUUGGUGUAUUUACUACACGACAAAAAUAUGUGCAGAAAUUUUGUUGAAGCCGGGAACACUUCAGAGUGUUUAAAACUAAUAGAUAAUGAGUUAGAAGGCAAUGUAAUAUAUUGCAGUAUGUGUCGAGACAAAUCUAAUGCAAGAGUAUUAAACAAAACGGUACUAUAUAACCAAGAAGUUUCUGACAAUAUUAACAGUUUGAACACUCUUGAAGAACAGAGUGUGGAAUAUUGCAUUAUUUGUAAUGAAUAUGUUCCCGAAACUGAUAAAAUUAACCACAAAAAUCAGUGCAAGCUAUCUCAAGAUCAAUUAGAAAGUAAUAGCAGUGAAACUGACAAUGAGAAACUUAAACUAAGUAAAGAUAAUGAAGCGUUAUGCAAUUUUUGUGGCAAAAUGUUUCCCCGUGGGUAUCGUAUAGAAGAACAUAUCCUGACACAUACACCAGAUAAACCGUUUCAGUGCCAGAUUUGCCAUAAGACAUUUUCAAAAAACUUUAAUUUAAAGAUGCACGAACACACACAUUCAGGAGAUAGGCCAUAUAUCUGUAGUAAAUGCGGGAAAUCUUACACGACAAGUAGUAAUUUAAGGACACAUAUGUUAAGUAGUCACAGUAACGAGAAAAAACAUGUCUGUGAUAUAUGUAAAAUGACCUUCGUGUAUCCCCGUUAUCUCAAACUGCAUAUGAGGAAACAUACUGGGGAAAGACCGUUUGUAUGUUCCACUUGUGGGAAAAAGUUUUCGAAGAACAUACACUUAACAAUACACAUACGAACGCAUACUGGUGAAAAACCAUACUGCUGUGACAUAUGUGGUAAAGGAUUUACUACUACGGGUGGAUUAGGGUAUCAUAAAAAGGUUCACCAUAAAAACAGCACUUCUUAACAAUGGUCUUCCAUGCUACACCAAAAUACUCGUCUUCAAAAACAGCACAUAUAUUUUCAGUCUCUUUUUUUGCAUGAUUAAUGUAUAUAUUAUUAGCAAUUAAUUUUUUAUUGUAUGGGCAUGCAUAGUGAGGGCAAUAGUGUUACAUUAUUUUUGUGAAUGAAUUAUGAUUAAUUUUGGUGAGGAGUAUAUGUUUACUGUGUAUAUUUGUAAAUGUGUAUAUUUCAGUAUAAAUGUUUUUGUAUUGAAGUGCUAUGGUAGAUAACUAAAAAAGCUCAUAACACUAAGCAUUGUUGCCUUAUAGAAGAAGGAGUUACAUUAAAAUUGGUAGUGUUACAGUCAGCAUUUCCCGGCUGCUAGCAUAUAAUCCUACAAAUAGAAAUAUAGCACAUUUUUUCUGUAGUAGAAAUAACGAAUACCAUAAUCAGCUUACACAAUAUUGUACAUACAAUUAAGUCUGUGAUAAUCUUAAUUUAUUAAACUAUUGCUG